AUGAUCCAACUCAAACCAUCCACACUCGCCCUUGCCCUUUCUCUACUCGUUUCCUCCACCCUAGCAGAAGAUGGAGAACUCUCCUCCAGCCUUGUAGGCUGCAACGAGGUCUCAUGUCCCAAACAAGGUUCGGAUGACCGCUGCACAGUGGGAGACAAUACCUUCCUUGGAAUCGGACUAUCCCGCAUCCCCGAAGUCCCCUCGUCUCUUGAGGGGUUCUCUCUCGUAAAGGGUGUAAAUGUGUCUGCUGCACUGGCUGGAAAGGACAAUGACAAGGCCACACGUCCUUUCAACUCAUUCUACUACCUCGGUACACCCUCGGACAUAGAGACCACAGAUUUGUCCGGCUGUGUUGUUGUCUUCCACGAUGCCCCGUCCAAGACAUUUGACGGGUCAGAACUAGAGGGCAAUCGAAAUGGAACUGAUAUCCGCGCUGCAAGCGGUACCUGUUCCGAUGUCGUUGACAAAACAUGCAUCGAAAGGCUUACGGAGAGGGCAACGAACUUAGCUGAAGAGGCUGAUGGAAAUGUCUGCACGACGCUAGGGCGAGAAUUGGAGAAAGUUUCUUUCGAUGAGUGUGAUGGAUUUGCGGGUACAGGUAGCAACCUUGGGAAUUUCACUGUUAAGUCGCUCGAUGAUCUCAAUGCGGUUAAGAAUUCCUCGGACUGUUGGCCUAUUCAGCCCAAGUCUGAUCAGUUGGUUGAGAUUGCGAGUGUCACUACUCUGAAAAACUACUCAGCACAGGCUAUCUUUGAUGAGGCCUAUAAGAUCACACCCGUUCUCACUGUGUUCGCUAGGAAGGGCAACAGCAGUCUUGUCAACCAACCCGCUUCUCAGUUAACAUGUCUGAAAGUUGUCACUGAAGAUAAUCCCAGUGAUGAUGAAGAUGGGAGUGAAAAUACUGCGGUGGUUGUUAGGGCAAGUGGGUUUGCUGCUGGAAUUGCAACACUAGCUGGGAUCUUUGCGUUGUUGUAG